AGGCCAGUUGACUUCGAUCCGUCGAGAGUAGCGUGUCGACAGAGCGUCUGUAGAUCGUAUAUCGCUGUUUGUUGGCGCACUGGUUGUGCCCGGAACUCGACGCUGUAUUCACCACAAACUUGGACGGUCGAUCGGAAAAUGUUCGACGCGAGUGAGAUCGGCUCGCGAUAACUGACAACACCGAGACCUGCCUUAAGUGUGUGUGUGAAAAAGAAAAGGAUCGUGCGCAAGAGCCGAGCGAGGAAAUACAAUACAACGCAACAGAACGCGAGGCAGAAACUGGCGAAACCGCAGCAAAACGGUACCAAAAACCGUCUAGGAUCGAACGGAAAGGAAACCGACACUGGUACACUGGUCGCAUCGGCGGGUUGGUUCGAUCGAUAAAUACGGGGUGCGUGUACGGUGCAGCACGGCGUCCGGCAGAUAACGAGUCGAGAAGGUGUGCGUGACUAUAUUUAAUCGACGACCCACAUUUCUUUCUGGUUUCCCCGGACGCGGCCGCCGACACCCGACGAAAUUCUCCGUUACCGAGGUGAGAACCGAGAAGACCAAGCAUGAAGGCAAUGGUAGUGAGUCCGGUGGGCGGCAGAGUACCACCUAGCAGGGGUGUGCUGCACGGUAGCCUCGGGAUCAACGGGACUCGCCGGGAUCUCGAAGCGGAGGAAGUGGCCGCUUAUUUGACGAAGCUGCGCUCCUUGGUCCCGGACAUGCCAAGGAAACGGAAACUGUCCAAGCUCGAGGUGAUCCAGAGGGUGAUCGAAUACAUUUGCGACCUGCAGACGACACUGGAGGAGACGAACCACGAAUCCAGUAUCGUCAAGGCGAACCCUCGACAACCGCUGCAGCCGCUGCUGAACGCCGCCACGACGACGCCCACCGCCUCCACCGCAUCGCCGACGACGACGACCACUAUCACCGGACUGGUCACGGAACGGUGACAUAGCUCGUCGCACCAGCUCCAGUAAGCUCCAGGUCGCCGCGAGCCGGAGGAUCGACUUCUCCGACACCUCCACGACGGCCUCUCCGACACGCCGCCACGGCACCGUGCUCUCGAGUCUGCUCCGUGGGUCGAGGGCUGAAGCGGAGCCAGAGUCCUUCGCCAGGAGCUCCCAGGCGAGACAACCCCGUCGUCUUCGUUGUACAAAGACUCUCUCGAAGAGCCGGGAACAGGCUCGGCGCCGGGGGACUCGGGACAUGUCCGAACGGACGAGAAUUUAAGCGGGCCUCUCACGCGGCUUAGUCGAACCUCUUUCUCCCGGGGAAACAUGUAAAUACUUGUACAUAAACUCGCCGCAUUCCUCGCACCAUUUAUUAUUGUACACCGCUCUUCUUCCACUCGAUCUUUUUCGUAUCCCUGUAAACCGUGCCCUACGACGACUCGAAACCUCGUUCGCUUCCUCGUCGACCACGCUAUGGAUUUUCGUUCGUGCCGCGUUCGAGGGUUGCGAGCUCGAAGUGUUGGACCGUUUAGACUCACUUUUGUGUAUACGUACUUUUGUUCGCCACUCAUGACUGAUUGCCACGUCCCGAUCGAUCUUCGAACGAUGGAAACAACGACGCUUUCCGAUCUGUUUCGGACUGUAUUUUCGAAGGUUCCCCGCCGACGACGUUCGUGUGAUAGAUCUUAGAAUCCAAUUGGCCGUCACGUAAUAGUGCACACCCUACCCAACCAGUCAUGAAUGAAUCCCCCCACCCAUUCUUUCUCGUAGAUUUCGUACGGAAGAGAUGUUUUUAUCGUCGCGAUGACCGGCUCUGUAUUAUUUCGACACCCGUUGUAGAUAAUAAAAUGAAUCACAUGUAUUAUGAUUAUGGAUUACAUUAAUGGUAAUUGCUGAUACUAUAUUAUUAUUAUUAUUAUUAUUAUUAUUAUUAUAUUAUUAUUAUAUUAUUAUUAUUAUAUUAUUAUUACUGAUUAUUAUCGUUGUUAUUGCUUUUCAUAUUAUAAGUUGGAAAUCUCUGGUGGUCUCAACCUCGUUUCAAACUCUUUCCCCCCUGCAUACUCCAGCGAAACGGAGGUGCUGACACCUCGACCGUUUCUAUCCUACACCGAAAUGAUUCUCCUUCCCUGUCCGCGAUUUUUCUUGUUCUCUUCCAUUACCACAUCUUUGGAACUUCCUGCGUAAGUUCGAUCACCACCGAACGAAGGAGAAAUUGUUUGUAUUUUACCGGCGAUAGAAUAAGGAAUCGUUGAAAAGAAUCGAAAGAUUUGUCGACGAAAACGACCUCCAGAGAUCUCCAACUUACAGACGAGUCUCUAACUAUUGUAUAUUCGCGAAGACUGAAAGGCUGUAAAGUGUAAGUAAUAUUGUCGCGCGGGCGUGUCACACUCGCGCACGCGAAAUAAAUGCAAACUGUGUCCACACGUUUA